AUAAAAAUUACCUGUUCUAACCUCAAUAGAAACUAGUUUGAAUUUUAGAUUUCUUUAACUUUUGUAAUUAUUAUUUGAGACUAACUUUUAAAUGUGAACGCUUAUGGUAUGAAUACGAAGACUCAAGACGAGGCCGUAGGGAUAACUGAGCUUAGCGCACACUUAGAGACUGAAGGAUUUGACUUAGAAGCAGGCACAACAUGGAUUUAUCCCACAAAUUACCCGUGCAGGGAUUAUCAAUAUGCAAUAAUCCAACAGGCAUUACUUAGGAAUACUAUGGUCAGCCUUCCAACUGGACUUGGUAAAACGUUUAUUGCUGCUGUCGUUAUGUACAACUUUUAUCGAUGGUAUCCGAGGGGAAAAGUUAUAUUUAUGGCGCCUACGAAACCGCUAGUUAAGCAACAAGUGGAUGCGUGUUAUAAUAUCAUGGCUAUCCCCAAGGAGAUUACCGCUGAACUGACAGGAACUAAAGGACAAGAGUUCCGCAAAGAUAUUUGGAACGAGAAAAGAGUGUUUUUUAUAACGCCUCAAGUUCUUCAGAACGAUCUGAAUAUACUACAGAACUUUGGCAGUAGAGUAAAAUGUCUCGUUGUCGACGAGGCACAUAAGGCGAAAGGGAAUCACGCGUAUUGCGAGGUUAUCAGAAAAUUAACGGCACAGAAUCGGCACUUUCGAGUUUUGGCCCUCAGUGCAACUCCCGGCAAUUCUCUUAAGGACGUCGCCGAAGUGAUUAAUAAUUUACUUAUCGCUCACCUUGAAAUUCGCACGGAUGACAGCCCAGAUGUGCUCCCUUAUGUUUUCGAACGGUCUUUAGAAACUGUAGUGGUGCCAUUGGGCGACAUGCUUCAAACAGUCCGGGAUAAUUAUCUACAUGUACUAGAGAGAUAUACAAAGAUAUUAAUGCAGAAUAAAAUUCUGUCGGGAAAUUGCAGUAUGUUAACGAAAGGCAAGGUUUUUAUGACUAUGAAACAAUACCAAGAACAAAAUCGACAGAAUAGGGACAGAAAUUUUGCAGAAAAUAUGAGGUACUUGAACAUAUGCCAUACUUUGUAUUAUGCCUUUGAAUUACUUUUAAGGCAUGGCUUACGAAGCUUUCUGUUGUUUUUUGAAGAUCGCCUAGAGAAAACAAUGCUCCACGAAAAUGCUCUGCUCAAAAAUAUCAUUCGUGACAUUGAACAAUACAUGGGACCAUUACUAAACAUAGAAUCACUUCCAGAUGGCACUGUCACCGGGAUUCCCGAAACGGUGAAGUUCGGUCAUCCAAAAUUUUACAAACUGCGCGACGUCACCUGCGAACACUUCAAGCAGCAGAACAAUAACGAAACUAGAGUGAUCAUUUUUUGCGAGUACAGAGAAACUGUGAUGGAAGCUUACGGUAUAUUAUCGCUCAGCCAGCCUCUGGUGAGACCUAGAAUUUUUAUGGGCAAAACGUCGAUUACGCAAAAGCAACAGAUAAAUGUUAUCAAGUCGUUUCGGGAUGGCAGCUGUAAUACAUUGAUAUCAACAUGUAUCGGGGAGGAGGGACUCGACGUUGGUAAUGUGGAUUUGAUUAUUUGCUUCGAUAUUAGUAAUAAAUCGCCGAUACGGAUGAUUCAGCGAAUGGGACGUACCGGCAGAAAAAGAGAGGGGCGUGUUGUUGUAUUUGUUACUGAAGGUCGCGAACAACAGACUUUAAAAGAAUGCCUUAUCCAGAAACAAAACUUGAGCAAUCACAUACUGCAUCAUAAAUCGUUUGCGAGUGAAAUGUACAAGGAGAAUCCUCGAAUGGUACCACCACACAUAGAACCUAGGUGCAAUAAAAUAUUUAUUACUGUAAAGAACGAAAGUAAUCAAAAGUUGUCAAAGACCAAAAGCAAAAAUAUAAAGGACAUUUUCAAGUUAAUUGCCGAAGGAAAGAAGCAAGCGAAUGAAGGUGAGAAUGAGGCGAAAUUAACCGACAUAAUCGAUAUUGCUGACAAACUGCCCGACAGCGAACAUUUUUGGAAUAGCGGUAAAGGGAGACUGCUUACGAAGAGCACUUUAGCAUUUAACAGUAAACUGAACAAAGUCAGAACUUUGCAACCCGUUGGCUUCAUUGGUCACUCCAGUAAAACUAAAAUUAUGGUGUCGUUGUUAGAGAAAUGCGAUUCUUUAAAAUUCAAUUUGCCUCUUACUCAACAUCCAAUAUUAAUUUCGCAGAAAAGGCCAGAAUUUAGUACCAAUCUUAAACAGAAGGAUAUUAGAAGUAUGUUUGGGCAUGCUACGCAUUCGAGUGUGGAUGUUUUGACGGUGGACGCUGAGGUUAUUGUUAUAGAUGAGGAUUCUGGCACAAGAGAGAAUACUCCCAACAUCCGCAUAACUACGGAGGAUAAGGAUCUUAAUAACAACUGCAAGCUCUGUGACGUCUUAUUUGAUUGCACUCAGUAUUAUUCGACCUUUAACUUGAGUUUUAACAUUGGAGAUUGGAGAGCACCAGAUACUAGUAUUUUCGAUACCAUAAACUGUGAAAGCCUGGCCGUGUACGAAAAAGCUUUAAAUAGCUGUAAUAACGAAACUGUGAAAGAUCAGCAGCUUAAUGUUACUGUAAACGACGAGAACGUGGAAAAGAUUGACAAUCGAGAGAUACACUUAGUAAACUCGCCAUUUAAGCCUCCUAAAACUAUCAAUAACGUUUUGAGGAUGUUAGACUUGACCAUGCCCCCUAUACCUCUUACACAAUUAGAAUCGGCACCAAACAAUAAAAUUGACAAUGCAAAAUGUAGCAUCUUUGAUUGUUCGGUAAAUUUAAAUGGGUUUGACGAUGUCAAGUUUACACAAUUGCAAGGGCCAGCCGUAAAAGCCGCCGAGCAUGACCUUAGUGAUGGUUUAGAAUUCUUCAAUAUUAGCGCAUUAGAAGAUAUUUUUGAAGAUCCGCACAACAAUGCACAAUUAAUUAGUGUAACUCCCAAGUCUGAUAGCACUAUAAUUUAUACUCCAUGUCUGCCAGAAGUUGAUUCUCCCAUACUGUCCGGUGCUGAGACUGUACAUAAUCAAACAGCCGGGCAAUGUACUCCACCCACUGAAUUGAACGAUGUGGUUGACACCAGUCUUCUUUCGCCUAUACUUUCAGGUAGAAGUAAAAGGAAAUUGACUGACGAAACAUUUAAUCAAAGUUAUUCUAAUUUUCCCCCAAAGACCAAACAUGAUUUGCAUGAGCUUUUGGAUAAUUCCCUUAUUGAUAUGUUAUAUAAUCAAAGUUUCGAAGAACCGCCUAAGAAUGACAUUAGUAGUAAAAACAAAGAUGAGAUUGACAGCAGCAUUAGAGCUGUGCAGAGUGUUCAGGAAACAAAAUGCGAUCAAUCCAGUAUAAACCGGACUGAUAAAGCCGGCGAUUGGGAAAAUAACAUUUGGAAUUUCUGUAUGGAUUCAGAUGUUGAAAGCAAGAAUGAAGCAACGUCCAAUGUUACACAGUUUAAAGAAAAAGGUAACUCGUUAUUAACACGUGAUAAAGCGGUAGAGUUGAUAUCUGAUCAGUCUGAUGAUUUUAUUCACUCAUCUGCUAAGUCACCGGUGCUAGUUCUGUCACAGAGGGUUGAUACUCGGAGUUGUCAAAGAGAAACUCCGAUUAGAACCCUGGAUCGUUCACCGUCACCGAGCUUUAGCAACCACGUUUCUCCCAUUCUGAAUAAAUCCCAGGCAAAUAUUAGCAAUAAAUAUAAAAUUAACAAAGCGUCAAAAAAAUUAGUGUUUAGCGACGAUGACGAUGAUGACUUCGAAUCGGACCCGAAACAAUCAUCUUGGAUAUAUCCGAAGAACAGAAACGCGAAGAGUAGCACGGGCCAGGUCGCGACAACUUCGCGCGCGAAUGUCAAGAGGUCGAAAGUGCAAGAUUGCCCGUUUGUGGAAUUGGAGGCUGACUUAUCCGGAACUCAAUCGGAUAUCACUGAAAGUGAUGCAGAUGGAUCUUUUGAGAAGAGCUUUGUUGAUGAUGAAACGCAAGAUAUUGCGAAUACGACAAUGAUGCAAGUCAAAUACUUGCAAUCGGUUAGAUCUGCAGAUAGAAAUAGAGGUAAUUUCAAAAUUCCAAAAUUGCCAGUUAGUAACAUAAACGUAUAUUCUCAGAUGGACGAACUUCAUGAGGAGAACGCCUAUGUUAAUGACAGUUUCUGUGUGAGUUCUCAAGAAGACGAAUUGUGUAAUAAUAACGCGAACAAUAUGUCAGAGUUAGAGCUAGCAGAACUAAUAUUGGAGGGAAAGCGGAAGAAGAAGAGAUUAAAGUUCCAAGUGAAGACUGUCAAACGUAAAAGAAUUAUUGUAAGUAGCAGUGAUAGCGACUGAUAUUUUUGUUAAAAAAAUUAUAAAUUGUGAUAGUUUUAUGCUGUAGCCUCAGACUGAAUUUUUUGAAUUCGAAGCUCAGUUGAAUUGUAAGAUUGUAUUACGAGAAGUUGAUUAGUUUUUUACACAAAUUAUUUUUGCUA